AUGAAGCAAAAUGGGAUAAAGAGGAGAUAGAGGGAGAAGGAACGAGAAAAGAUAAUUUUUGUAAAGAAGGCUUUUAAAAAAUAGCUGCCAUUUUAUUUUAUUUUUAUAUUUUUGACAAUUGGCAGUUUUCAAAAUCAAUGAACGGUUCGCCUUCUUACCUAAAACUUAUUUUCUAUUAAAAAACGAACGAUGAAGAAUGUAAUGAAGCUAAAAUAAAAGCUCAAAACCCCCCUCCCCAACAAAACGAAGAAAACUAAUCAAUUUUGAAACAUUUUUAGCCAAAAAAAUGAACCAACAAGAAAGAAGAAAACUUUCAAAACACAACCGUGAGUCGCCCUCAAUCAAUUCGCUACCAACGAAAUUAUCAGCAAACGCUUUAAAGCUGCUUCAAAACGUUUACGGGGAUGCCUCAACCCGAAAGCUUCCCGACCAAUCGAGUCGAUUCGAUUUUCUCCCAAAAGAUCUAACAAACCGCGAUUUAAUCGACAGAAACGACAAAAAGGACGACGAUAACCUCCAAAAAUUAAGAAAACGGAUCAAUAAAUUAUCCAAGAAAGUAAUCGACGCCGAAAAAGGCACCAACUUGGUGAAACUCUACGACAAGAACCCCAACGUAACCGAUAACGGCCCUAUCGAUAUCCUCGACAAAUUAAAACGGAUCCGUUUGGACAAAGACGCAAAAUUAAUGGGCGAUGAUCAUCUACCAGCAUCAAUUUUAAAACGAAAAAAUCAAAUCAAUAUUACGGCGAAAAACUCAUCAAGUUCUAGUUCGACUCAUUCAAUCGACCUUCAAAAAUCGCGCAAAAAAGAUAUACUAAGACUAAUUAAAGAAAAAGAGGCAGCCUCGUUGCGUUUUGGUGGUGAUGAAUCAGACGUCGAAACCGCUUUAAGCGAAAACCAUUUAAAUAAACGCAAAAAAAAUGUAAUUAAAGAAAAAGAACAGACAUUGGUGGAUUUGGCGUCUUCUCUGCAUAAAAUUCAUUCGAAAUAUUCGGCUUCUUCAGUUCCGAUGAAUGCUAACUCGCGGAGAACUGCCAAAUCGGUUUUAACAAAAUCGGCGAAACAGAUUGAUGUUAAGAUAACGUCCAAGUAUUCGAUUAGGAGUUCGUUGGCGAAUAUUUUUGGUGGUUCCAUUGAUAACGAACAGAAUAAACCGAAUCCGAUUUCAGUGCCGGACUAUUUAGAACAGCUUAAGAGUUCAAGGAAAAAUAAAAAGAAGACGAAGGUUAAGAAAGUUAAUAAAAAGGAUGGUCGAGGUGGAGAGGUUAAGUUGAAACUUUCCGCAUCGAGAAGUAAAUUAACCGAGGAUGUUAAACCACUAAAAGUGGGCGGAAUAAAGAAAGAAUCGAGCGGAAAAAAGAAGAAGAAGAAGGAACACGUGCUGUUUACCGAAGCGCCGGAAGUAAUCAACACCCCUUCGCAAUCGAAGGAGGAAAAAAGUAAUGAUAUGAUAAUCACGUAAUUUUUUUUCAUUAAUAAAGUU